UGCUGCUGAUGAUGCUGGUGCUGACGUCAUCACCGCCUCCCAGCAUCCCUGGCACAUCUGCGCCGCCAUUUUCCGCCACAUUCAGACCGACGGACUGACGGACGGACGGAUUGACGGCGGGGCAGCUGGAGCAUCCCGCACCCAUCCCUCCUGUUUAUCGGCUCCUCGCUCCUCCCUCCUCCCUCGUCUUCCACUCCGCUCUAUCUGACGCACCGCCGCGUUCAGCACUCAGCCCACUGAAGCUGAAGCUGACUCCCUCCCUCCUCCCUCUCUCUCUCUCUCUCUCUCUCUCUCUCGCUCCCCCGGCGGAUUCUCCAUGUAUGGAUGCGCAAAGGGAAAUGAUGCUGUAGGUUAACCAAAGACAGAGAGAAAGACCCCCAUCCAAAAAAAAUAACACAGAUUGUUGAGGAGAUUGCAGAAGGACGCACCGGAGGAUCCUGGAGCUGCUUUGAAUGGGCAGGGGAUUCUGUGGUUGUCGAGUCUGAGGUGUGCGUCUGUAGCCACACGGAUCUCCAGCUCUUUCGCUCGCUCACACACCCACCUGCAGCAUGGCUGGGGCCUCGGUGAAGGUGGCGGUGAGGGUCCGACCCUUCAACUCCAGGGAGAUCGGGAAGGAGAGCAAGUGCAUCAUUCAGAUGUCAGGAAACACCACGACAAUCCUGAACCCCAAACAGCCGAAAGAGAACAAAAGCUUCAACUUUGACUUUUCUUAUUGGUCACAUACCACGCCUGAGGACAUCAACUAUGCGUCCCAGAUGCAGGUGUACAAGGACAUCGGUGAGGAGAUGCUGCUUCACGCCUUCGAAGGCUACAAUGUGUGUAUAUUUGCAUACGGCCAGACGGGAGCGGGCAAAAGCUACACCAUGAUGGGCCGACAGGAGAAGGACCAGCAGGGAAUCAUUCCUCUGCUGUGCGAGGACCUUUUCACCAAGAUCAACGACAGCAAUAAUGACAACAGCAUGUCUUACUCUGUAGAGGUGAGUUACAUGGAGAUCUACUGUGAGCGUGUGCGUGACCUGCUCAACCCCAAAAACAAAGGCAACCUGCGCGUCAGAGAGCACCCGCUGAUGGGACCCUACGUCGAAGACCUGUCCAAACUAGCCGUCACCUCCUACAACGACAUCCAGGACCUGAUGGAUUCUGGAAACAAGGCCAGGACCGUGGCCGCCACCAACAUGAACGAGACCAGCAGCCGCUCACACGCCGUCUUCAACAUCAUCUUCACGCAGAAGAAACACGACAUGGAGACGGACAACACGUCAGAAAAGGUCAGCAAGAUCAGUCUGGUGGACUUGGCUGGCAGCGAGAGAGCCGACUCGACCGGAGCCAAAGGAACCAGGCUGAAGGAAGGAGCAAACAUCAACAAAUCUCUGACCACGCUGGGGAAAGUUAUCUCUGCUCUGGCUGAACUGGACUCAGCCCCAAACAAGAACAAGAAAAAGAAGAAGGUGGAGAGUUUUAUUCCCUACAGAGAUUCAGUUCUGACUUGGCUACUAAGAGAGAACUUAGGAGGAAACUCUCGCACGGCCAUGGUGGCCGCCCUCAGCCCUGCAGAUAUUAACUAUGAUGAAACUCUCAGUACCCUCCGCUAUGCUGAUCGCGCCAAACAGAUCCGCUGCAACGCUGUGAUCAAUGAGGACCCCAACAACCGGCUGGUGCGCGAGCUGAAAGAGGAGGUGGCUCGUCUCAAAGACCUGCUGUACGCGCAGGGCCUGGGAGACAUCAUAGAGAAUCUGUGCGAUUACAAGAACUUUGUGAAUAAUCGCCAGGCUGUCAAUCAAAGGGGUGAUCUCUCCACAGUGACAAACGCCAUGACGGGAAUGAGCCCCUCGCCCUCGCUCUCCGCCCUGUCCAGCCGAGCCGGCUCCAUCAGCAACCUCCACGACCGCAUUUUCAGCCCGGCCAGCGAAGAGGCAAUCGAAAGGCUCAAGGAAACUGAGAAAAUCAUCGCAGAGCUCAACGAGACAUGGGAGGAGAAGCUCCGUCGUACCGAGGCGAUCCGAAUGGAGAGGGAGGCCCUGCUGGCUGAGAUGGGCGUUGCUAUGAGAGAAGAUGGAGGCACUGUGGGCGUCUUCUCCCCCAAAAAGACGCCUCAUCUGGUGAACCUCAACGAGGACCCCCUGAUGUCCGAGUGUCUGCUCUAUUACAUCAAAGACGGCACCACAAAGGUGGGCCGUGAAAAUGCCAAGACUCGCCAAGACAUUGUUCUCAGCGGCCAUUUUAUCAGAGAUGAACACUGCACGUUCAGCAGCACCACCGGCCCUCAGGGAGAAGGAUGUGUCAUCCUUGAGCCAUGUGAGGGAGCAGAGACUUACGUGAACGGGAAGAGAGUGACGUCUCCGAUUGUUCUGCGAUCUGGGAACCGCAUCAUCAUGGGCAAGAGCCACGUGUUUCGCUUCAACGACCCGGAGCAGGCCCGUCUGGAGCGAGAGAGGACGCCGUGCGCCGAGACGCCGGUGGAGCCCGUCGACUGGGCCUUCGCUCAGAGGGAGCUGCUGGAGAAGCAAGGCAUCGACAUGAAGCAGGAGAUGGAGCAGAGGCUUCAGGAGCUCGAGGAUCAAUACCGCAAAGAAAGAGAAGAAGCCAGUAACUUGCUUGAACAACAGAGACUGGACUAUGAGAGCAAACUGGAGGCCCUUCAGAGACAAGUGGACUCUCGGUACCUGGAGUCACCUGAGGAAGAGGAGGAGCCUGAGGAGGAAGUGCCGUGGACGAAGCGAGAGACCGAGCUGGCGCUGUGGGCUUUCAGAAAGUGGCGUUUCUACCAGUUCACCUCCCUCAGAGAUCUGCUGUGGGGCAACGCCAUCUUCCUCAAAGAAGCUAAUGCUAUUAGUGUGGAGCUCAAGAAGAAGGUGCAGUUCCAGUUCGUCCUGCUGACAGACACCCUCUACUCCCCUCUACCUCCCGACCUGCUGCCCCCCAGCGUGGCCAAAGAGCGCGAGAGGCGACCUUUCCCUCGAACGAUAGUCGCCGUCGAAGUGCAGGAUCAGAAGAACGGAGCUACACAUUACUGGACUCUGGAGAAACUCAGGCAGAGGCUGGAUCUGAUGAGGGAGAUGUACGACCGAGCUGCAGAGCUGCCCAGCAGUGCUGUGGAGGACUGUGACCACGCCUUGACCGGAGGUGACCCCUUCUACGACCGGUUCCCCUGGUUCCGCCUGGUUGGCAGGGCUUUUGUGUACCUGAGUAACCUGCUGUAUCCGGUGCCGCUGGUGCAUCGCGUGGCCAUCGUCAGUGAGAAGGGAGAGGUGAAAGGCUUCCUCAGGGUGGCUGUGCAGGCCAUCUCAGCUGAUGAGGAGGCUCCUGAUUACGGCUCCGGUGUGAGACAGUCGGGCACCGCCAAGAUCUCCUUUGAAGACAAACAGUUUGAGAAGUUCCAGACUGAGUCGUGUCCUAGCGGUCUGUCGCACUCCAACACCUCCCAGGAGGAGCUGAGGAUUGUGGAGGGAGAAGGACAGAACUCUGAGAUAGGAAUCUCUGCAGACGAAGUCAACAACAACACCUGUGAGGCCACACAGGAGCCUCCUCACAGCCCGGUGAAGAGUUUAGGUCUGGGCCUGGAUCUUCCUCUGGAUCUGUCUCCGGAGAAAGCUCUGUCCCACCUGAAGAUCGGCAGCACGUUCACCUUCAGAGUCACCGUCUUGCAGGCGUCCAGCAUCUCAGCAGAGUACGCCGACAUCUUCUGCCAGUUCAACUUCAUUCACCGCCACGACGAAGCUUUCUCCACUGAGCCGCUGAAGAACACCGGCCGAGGACCUCCGCUGGGCUUCUACCACGUACAAAAUAUCACAGUGGAGGUGACCAAGUCCUUCACAGAGUACAUCAAGACUCAGCCCAUCGUGUUUGAGGUGUUCGGACACUAUCAGAAGCAGCCCUUCCCUCCGCUCUGCAAAGAUUUAAUCAGUCCGCUGAGACCCUCCAGGAGGCAGUUUCCUCGAGUCAUGCCGUUAUCCAAACCAGUGCCGGCCACCAAGCUCAGCACUCUGACUCGCUCCACUGCAGGACCUUGUCACGCCAAAUACGACCUCAUGGUCUUCUUCGAGAUCUGCGAGCUGGAAGCUAACGGAGACUACAUCCCAGCUGUUGUGGACCACAGAGGAGGGAUGCCCUGCCACGGGACGUUCCUCCUGCAUCAGGGCAUUCAGAGGAGGAUCACCGUCACUAUUGCUCAUGAAACCGGGAACGACAUCGAGUGGAAAGAGGUGAAGGAGCUGGUGAUCGGUCGCAUUCGAAACACGCCGGAGGCCGACGAGACCAUCAUAGACCCCAACAUCCUGUCUCUCAACAUCCUGUCGUCUGGAUACUUCUGGCCCAAACAUGACGACAACGUCUCGUUGGGAGUUGAUCAUAGAACCUUCUACCGGUUCGAGGCAGCGUGGGACAGCUCCAUGCACAACUCUCUGCUUCUGAACAGAGUCACUCCGUACGGGGAGAAGAUCUACAUCACCCUCUCUGCUUAUCUGGAGAUGGAGAACUGCACUCAGCCGACGGUUAUCACCAAAGACUUCUGCAUGGUGUUUUACUCUCGUGACACCAAGCUGCCGGCGUCCCGCUCCAUCAGAAACCUCUUCAGCACCGGCUGCCUCCGGCCCUCCGAGAGCAACCGCGUAACAGGAGUCUAUGAAAUGACUCUGUGCCACGUGGCCGACAACGGAAGUCCAGGCAUGCAGCGUCGUCGCAGGCGUGUGCUGGACACCUCGGUGGCGUACGUCCGCGGGGAGGAGAACCUGGCCGGGUGGAGGCCUCGCAGCGACAGCCUCAUUCUCGACCACCAGUGGGAGCUGGAGAAGCUCAGCUUACUGCAGGAGGUGGAGAAGACCAGGCACUACCUGCUGCUGAGGGAGAAGCUGGAGGCGACUCUGCAGGCGGGUCAGGAUGCUCUCUACAAGAGCAGCGACAUCAGCGACUUUGCAAAGAGUCCCGUCUUCAGCCACAGUCCCGGCGGCAGCCCGGCCCCCGACAGCCCCAACCAGAGGCAGAGGGAGCUGGCUGCUAAGUGUCUGCGUCUGCUGAUGCACACCUUCAACAGGGAGUACAGCCAGGUGAGCAGCAGUGCCAGUGAGAGCAAGCUUUCUGAGAUGUCGGCGUCACUCAUGAGAGACACGUCUUCUUCUGGACUGAGCACGCUCACUCCCUCGUCUACCUGCCCCUCACUGGUCGAGGGACAUUAUGACAUCAGACACACUGAGCCCAGUUCAGGAGCAUCCACACCGGAUCUGGACCCGUACAGCCCAGUGGACAGAAAGAAAGCUCUCAGAGGAUGCACCUUUGUUCCUGACAUACAGGAGAUCCGUGUCAGUCCCAUCGUGUCAAAGAAAGGCUACCUGCACUUCCUGGAGCCCCACACCAGCGGCUGGGUGAAGCGUUACGUGGUGGUGCGCAGACCCUACGUCUACUUGUACCGCAGCGAGAGGGACAGCGUGGAGCGAGCUGUGAUCAACCUGUCGUCCGCAAAGGUGGAAUACAGUGAAGACAAGCAGACUUUACUGCGGACUCCCAACACGUUUGCUGUGUGCACCGAGCAUCGUGGGAUACUGCUGCAGGCCACCAACGACAAAGAGAUGCAUGACUGGCUGUACGCUUUCAACCCGCUGUUAGCCGGCACCAUCAGGUCAAAGCUCUCCAGGAGAAAGUCCGUCCAGUCGGUUCCAGCCGCUCAGAGGAUGUGAGAGGUGAAACCAAGCCUGGCGGAAAAAACAACAACAACAAACAAACAAAACAAUACAAUCUAAAAGCUCAGCUCAACAUCCUGCUCCUGCUGAACAUAUAACAAACUUAUACAUAGAACCAUUUAAAUAUCCCUCCCUGUGAUGGCCGCCCUCGUCCCGAAAAACCACUCGGUCGCUCAAAAAAAAAAAACCCCAUCCUCUGUCUGUUUUUUGCAGUCACCACCUCGAACCCUGCAUGGUGUGCUCCCCUCUGACCUUUAGCAGAACAAACUAACCACCUUAAUCCGUUAAUUAACUUACCUCUGCUGGGCAUUGGGACGAUUAGUUUUCAUGUACAUGUAGAAACCUACCCUGUAAAAAAAUAAAUCAAGAUAGUAUGUGGCCAGAUCCCUCCUUCCUCUAGCGUAGUUGUAAACGAACAUUAGCCAUCGACCAUUAAAAGGGGAGAAUGAAAACAUCAACCCGGAUGUUUCUCUAUGUAGAAGUGUGUUGAGUGCAGCGAUGAUAGCUCCGUAUCCGUCACAUGCAUACUGUACAUUACCUCAGUUUGGAUCGGCUCGGUGCUCUGCAGCGUAGAGUAUUUGUUUCACCGCAGAGGUUUCAAAUAGCAAAGGGAUAAAUCGCUGUUGCUCAUCAUUUUACCGUCGAAGUAGCAUGAGGAGGGAUUUGUUAGGACAAAAGGAUAAGCUGUUGUACCUGUGUCAUUUUUUUAUUUUUUUUUAACUGGCUCUGUGAAAACUGAGUUCGUUGGCUAGACUAAGGCAAAGUAAUCCACGAUCAGGAGAGAUAACUCAUGUCCUCGCCUUGUUCUGCUUUCUUUAUUUCUCUUUUUUUUUUUACACAAUCCCUUUUUAGGUACAUCACCACAAAGGAAAAUGUCGUUUUUAUUGUUGCUAUCGUAGGUUGUCUGCACUGUUAUUUCUUUGUGACAGGAGCACUGACAGUUUUGUUUGCAUGGCACUUUAUUGUCUUUAUUGAGUUGAUGUCUCGCAUCAUGUACUCAACUGUUUUUAACCAAAGCUUUUUAAUUUUCUCGUUUUAAUCGUUUCAAAUCGCUGUUCAACUGUGCAGUUAGCAGACAGUUGAGGAAAAAUUGGGAUUUUUAAAUGAACGGUUUGACAUUUUGGGACGUGUUUGGCCUCUUUUGUGCCGGAAGUUAGACGAGAAGGUUGAUAAUUCACCUUGAUAAGCUCACGUUUGAUCCAUAAAUAUCCAUGGAUGUUAUGUGUAUUUCCUGUUCAGGCACAUUGCCUCCCGGAAUAAAGACACAAGUGUAAAUGUACGGUAUUAGUGAGCUGUAGAGGUGCUCGGAGGUGGAUUUUUGUCACCUAGUUUGUCACCCAGCUUCAUAUUUAUGGGGUUUGCUUGUAUGAAAGUGGUGCCGAUCAGUCCCUACGCUGGUGUGUGCAGAGUUUCCCUCCAUCAGGGAACAUUGGUUAUUUAUCUAUAAAGCCUCUCCAAUUCAACACUGCACACGCUGUAUCAGCACGUGACAAAUAAACAAUCUUCUCUUCUAACUCCUGGCGAAAAAGCAAAGAUGUGAAUUUCCCGAAAUGCCACGCUUUUCUUUUAAACAACUACCUAAACUCGUGUUUUCAUGGCAAACCGGGAGGGACAACUGCACCGUGUGCGGUUCGUACUUUUUAAUCAAACAAGCACUUAUUCUGUCUGUUAUGGGCCAGCAGAGUCGCUACACUAAAUACGUUUACGAUAUAAGACUCCUCUUGUAGCUAAAUAGAAAGGACAAAGUUGUGAUUGACCAUGGACCUGCAAUCCGUCGAGGGCAGUUGCUUCGAGUGGACAAGAGCGUUGUCCAUGCACCAGAUAGUGCCUCCCUUUCUUCACCUCUUUUUUCUUCUCUCCCUCCAUCAUCUGCGUCUUCAGCAUUGAAGUUAGUUACACGUGUCCAAGAUUAAGCUUUUAUGUAGAGUAACAGUAGAUGCUAUGGAUCCUUUUUUCUUUUUUUUUUAAUUUCGAUGAUCUUUGUCAAUGUUUUGGAGAGUGAAUAUUAUCGAUGAUCCUCUAUAGUCUGUUGGUAUAGCCUGUAAAAGUACAGUACAGCGUAUAUCUCAUCAUCAUGGACUGUAAAUGUUGCCUUUUAAAGCAAUCCCCCCUCUUAGCUUUUGUACUGUAGCUGCUAGAUAUUUGACAGCCCGAUGCUCGUGUCAGAAACCAGUCCGGUAUGAUUAGCUGGGUGUUGUUAUGACUUUUGUGUCCAGGGAUGGUUUUUAGUUGCUUUUAUCAGCCUUCGUUGUACCAAGGUGGCCCUGAAUGUUGCUUUGCAAUCAAUAUUAUCAGUAAAUGGAAAACACUUUAUCAUGCUGGAAUGAAAAUAGUGGGUCCUACAUCUGCUCAGAUACAUGUUAUUAUGAAUUUUGCAAAUAAAGCUUUUGUUUUUGUACAUCUUACACCAAAGGCAUGGUCGGCCAGCCAGUCUGCCUUUCCUAUUUUCCCCUUAUUUCUUUAUGACUGGUUAUGAUCAGUUUUUUUGGAGCAAAUCUGACUCACAGUCAUUAAACAGAAAGGAUUUAGGACUCUGUGUGCCACAGGCCAGCCAACCUGUUGAGCAGUACAGCCUAAUACUGACAAAGUGCAGGACAGCUGACUCUGACCGGUCGUAUUUUACGUUUUAAAACAUAUUAUAGCCACUGCGGCUACUUUAUUUAUUUUUAAAUGUCCGUAAGCAAAGAAUAAAUUAAGUGUUUUGGGUCAUCUUGGUGCAAUCGAAUCUAUUUAGAAAAUCUUUUAUUGAUAAAUCCUGUAUGUUGUCUGCUGGCACAGAAGACAAAUGGAAAGUUUUAUUUAUUAGCUUUGAAGGAUAAGUUAUGUUCUUAAACUAUAAUGCACUUACGCACAAAGCAUCUUUAUUUAAUAUGAUUUUGUAUUAUGAUGUUUUUAGAAUAUAUAUAUAAUGUGUGUUUUUAAAAAAAAGCAUCAUGGCCCUGUGCUGAAAGAAGAAGAAGAAGAUCAGAGUCUGCCUUUUUAUUUUUGCUUCAGCGGUCAAAACACCACCACUGCACCAAAUUGCAUUGACUUUUCAGUUUGCAACUGAUGAUGACUUGCAAUGCUUCCAGCCCUAUAAUACUUCAAGGGUAUCAUGUUAAAAAAAACACUUUGUGAGACAGUUUUAGCGUGCUGGCCAAUAAUUGUUGAAAGGUACAUGAGUGGAUUAUUUUAUAUUUGGCUGCUUUUUAACUGUCAUAGCUCUGGAUCGAAGCAUGCAGGUCCACUUAUCUUCUGCUGUGCCCCGCCCCUCUCUCCUGCCUUACCGCUUGCUAAUGACAACAGCUUUCCACCCCUCAAGUGCUGCUUGUAAAGUAUUGUCAUUCAUGAUCCUUGUAAUGAUUAACUGGAAACCUUCCUCUUGGCUCUGUCUUGUAUAUAAAUGGAGAUUUGUGUGUUGGGUCUCAUCACGCAGAUGAUAUUAACUCUCUUUUCCUCUGUAUACCAUGAUGAAUAAGAAUAAUUGACCUGCUGCUUUGUCAAGUGUCUGCACGGCAAAGAGUGCCGACGAGGGAUCGGUGUCGCGCAUCUCAUCUCGGCGUGGUUGAGGUGGCGGUGAUCCCAGCGUCUGCAGUCUUGCUCGGAGCUGCUUGACAGAAGCAGAGCCGGGUCCCGGCCUGUGAUGAAGUCUUAAUCUCAGUGCUCACGUUUAUCUUUUGAGUGUUCUGGAGUUCUUUCUCAUGUCUGUGGACACAUAACAAAAGUUGUCAAGAAAAAAUAAAUAAAAAAAACAAGGCAAAUAAAUAAAUGAGUGUUGAAACUUA